CCUUCUCCCCGGCUUCAUUGCUUUGGUGAAGUCAAGAUGAAGUUCACAAUUGUCUUUGCUGGACUUGUUGGCAUCUUUCUGACUCCUGCCCUUGCUAACUAUAAUAUCAAUGUCAACAACAACAACAGUGGUGGAAGUGGGCAGCAGUCAGUGAGUGUCGACAAUGAACAUAACGUGGCCAAUGUUGACAAUAACAACGGAUGGGACUCGUGGAAUUCCGUCUGGGACUAUGAAUCUGGCUUUGCUGUAACCAGGCUCUUUAACAAGAAGUCAUGCAUUGUGCACAAAAUGAACAAGGCAGUCAUGCCCUCUCUUCAAGCCCUUGAUACAUUGGUCAAGGAAAAGAAGCUUCAGGGUAAAGGACUAGGGGAACCACCUUCCAAGAGCCUGAUAUACACAGUCAACCCUGACAAAGUCGACAACCUGGACCAGUUUGGAAAAUCCAUCGUUGCCAUGUGUAAGGGGAUUCCAACAUACAUGGCUGAAGAGAUUCAAGGUGAGCAAGCCUGAUUUUAUACACAGGAAAAUGCUUCAGUAUUGAUGUACUCUGGAUUCUGAACAUUUCCUUCUGUAGAGCAACAGUGGAGAACUAAAAAAAAAAAAAAAAACGUUGUUGUGGGUUUAGCCAUCAGAAUAUUCUAUGCAGAAAAAUAUGGGUUCUAAUGGUUUUUAAUCAUGUCAUUCUGAAAUGUUUUCUCCUAGUCCUGUCUGGUUUCUUUAAGUGUCAAUAAACCUAUUUAGCACUGA